AUGGGGCACUUCUCCCUCCUGCUCCUGCUACUGCUCUUACCCCUCCUGGUGCCCGGAGCCACCAUCCCCCGAUCGCCAGCCCUGAGGUCCCUCGGCAGCCUGCACUUGCCAAGCAGACCCACAUCCCGCCCUACGGUAGCCAGGGACUACUCGAUUCUCUACUUCCAACAGAAGGUAAGCAGGCAGGACAGAGUCCACAUAUGUGUUUCACAGAUUCAUCAUUAUUCUUCACCACUGGUUGAUCAUUUUGGAUUUGAUAUUGAUAAAACUUUUAAACAGCGGUACCUGAUAGCUGAUAAAUACUGGAAGAAAGAUGGUGGCUCAAUACUUUUCUAUACUGGUAAUGAAGGGGACAUUAUCUGGUUUUGCAAUAAUACGGGGUUCAUGUGGGAUGUGGCUGAGGAACUGAAAGCUAUGCUGGUGUUUGCUGAACAUCGAUACUAUGGGGAGUCCCUACCCUUUGGUGCCAACUCAUUCAAGGAUUCCAGACACUUGAAUUUUCUGACAUCAGAACAAGCUCUGGCCGAUUUUGCAGAGUUAAUCAAACACUUGAAACAAACAAUCCCAGGAGCCGAAAAUCAACCUGUCAUUGCACUUGGGGGCUCUUAUGGAGGCAUGCUUUCAGCAUGGUUCAGGAUGAAAUAUCCUCAUUUAGUAGUAGGAGCUCUUGCAGCCUCUGCUCCUAUCUGGCAGUUUGAUAAUUUGGUGCCAUGUGGUAUAUUUAUGGAGAUUGUAACUAGAGAUUUUAAGAAAAGUGGCCCAAACUGUUCAGAGAGCAUCCGCAGAUCCUGGAAUUCCAUUAAUCGACUUGCAACUACAAGCAGUAGUUUGCAGUGGCUCUCUGAGACCCUUCACUUGUGCAGCCCUUUAACAGAUUUUCAUGAUGUCUGGAUGUUGAAAGACUGGCUCUCUGAAACCUGGGUGAACCUGGCGAUGGUGGAUUACCCUUACGAGUGUAAUUUUUUACAGCCUUUGCCUGCUUGGCCUAUUAAGGUGGUGUGCCAGUAUCUCAAAGAUCCCAGUGUAUCUGAUCAAGUGCUGGUACAGAAUCUUUUCCAAGCUCUGAAUGUAUAUUACAAUUAUUCAGGCCAGGUGAAAUGCCUGAAUAUCUCAGAGACAGCCACUAGCAGUCUGGGAUCCUUGGGUUGGAGUUAUCAGGCCUGCACAGAAAUAAUCAUGCCCUUUUGUACUAAUGGUGUCAAUGACAUGUUUGAACCUCACUCAUGGGACUUGAAGGAAUUAUCGGAUGAAUGUUUUAAGCAGUGGGGUGUGAGACCAAGGCCCUCCUGGAUCACUACUCUAUAUGGAGGCAGAAAUAUCAGUUCCCACAGGAACAUCAUUUUCAGCAAUGGUGAACUAGACCCAUGGUCAGGAGGUGGAGUAACCAAGAACAUCACAGACACUUUGGUUGCUAUCAACAUUCCAGAUGGUGCCCAUCACUUAGAUCUCCGUGCCAGCAAUGCCUUAGAUCCCCAAACUGUAUUAUUAGCCCGCUCCUUGGAAGUUGGAUACAUGAAGCAGUGGAUCAGCGAGUUCUAUUAUGCCCAUCUAGGAAAAGCAGUGCUGAACAACUUCUGAUUGUUUUUUCAGUUUCUUUUGACAUUUACUCCACCUACAUUCCUGUUCAGUUUAGGUUUUUUACAUGUAAUUUCC